UCCGGCUUUGCCCGAUGCUUCCUCUCUGUUUCGGUGAUUUGUCUCGGCUGGUUCGGCGCGUUCCGGGACUUGGUUGGGGCUUUGCAGCGGGCUGCUGCUGCUGCUGGGCUCCGAUCUUCCCGGUUCUCGGAAGGGGGCGAGGAAGGAGCAAUGCAGCACUGAACGGGCAAUGCAGACUUCGCAAUUAAAGCCUCCGGGCGUUUUUGCAGAAUUGGGCUUCUUCCCCUUUCGCCCUCUCGCCGGACGAUCAGCCCAGAGAGAUCCGCCGGCCAGGGGGACCUCGACUUUUCAUUUUUUCCCCUAUGUCCGAAACUCUGGGAUCCACCGCCGCCCGAGCUGGCUGCGUGAUCUCGGUGUCUCACUCCCGGGUGAGCGGCGGAUCUUGCAGCGGCAGCGGCGUCCUCUUGAGCCCAGAUCCCCCGGGCCUCGUUCUUUGCCCCGGGAUCCUCUUUUCCCCUUUCCUUCUGGAAAGCGAGCGCCCCGAUUGGUCGCAGGGCAAAGUCCUGCUCUCCGAUCGCUUCUUCCCGGGCCUCCAGAUCCAGGUGCUUAAGGCAAGCGAUGGGUGCAGCAGCAGCAGCAGCAAAGUGGACCGGAAUCGCCUGGCUGGAGACCUGGGGGAAAAUAGCCCCGUGCUAAGGUUUAAUCCGCUUUCGAAUCGGCCUGGAUCUCCCCACGGUUGGAGGAGCUGCGAAGCUGAGCUCCUGAUGGUAGCCGCCUGCCCGCCCUUCCAGGAGGCCUUCUCCAAAAUCUUCAGGGCUUCAGAUGGGUGGCAUUUUGGAGGGAACGACUUUGAGCAAGAAGUCAACUCUUUGGAGCAGCAGGACUUGGGUUGCCUGCAUUGGUUUGCUCUGCUGAGGAUCCUGGAGCCGGAUUCCUCUGGGGCAAGUUGGGCGAGCUGCAUCCCCGCCGGAUCCCUCAGUAAGGGGGAUACUGUCUUCACCUGUGGCUCACCUUUCGGCUCGUUGUGCCCAGAGAUAUUCAUGAACACUCUUAGUAAAGGGAUAGUCAGCAACCUGGCAGGAGCAAACAAUGCCCUCCUCUUGAUCGAUGCCCGUUGCUUGCCUGGCACCGAAGGCGGCGGUGUCUUUGUCAUGUCAGGAAUGGGUCCCCAACUGGUCGGAAUCAUCGUAGCACCGCUUUGCUGGAAAUCCACCGAGUGGGUUGGCUUGACUCUGGUUUGUGCCAUUGACUCCAUUCUGGAGAGUAUUGCGGGGGUCCUUUCUGGGUUUCCUUGGUUGCUCCCCAUGGAACUUGUGACCAGGUCGCACUCUAUGAUGGUACUCGGAAAUGGACUGGACAGGCACCUGUUGGAUGCUGUGGUUCUGGUCGAAUGUGGACCGACCUGGGGGUCCGGGGUGAUGAUGAAUUCAAGGCUGUUGUUAACCUGUCGGCAUGUGGUCAGCGGAUCAUCAAAUGUCUGUAUCAGGUUUCUAACCAGUCCUAACAGUCUCCCUUUUUUCCCCCUUCUUCUUCCUCCUAGGGAUUCAGUAGUGAAAGGAAAGGUAGUGUUUGCAACCAAGGACACUUCUCCGUAUGAUAUUGCAUUGGUGGAGUUGGAAGAAGGUUUAUCCACAUUGCCAGAGCUUCCUCUAGCAUCAGCGUUUCAUCCAGGAGAAGAUGUGAGUAUUGUGAGCUUUGGUGUCUUCGGCCAAGCCUGUGGACCGUCUGUCACAUCGGGAAUCCUCUCGGCUGUGAUCACCGUGGAAGAUAAGCCAGUGAUGCUCCAGGCAACCAGUGCGGUUCAUGGCGGCUCAAGUGGAGGCGCCCUCUUUGGCACCCACAGUGGGAAACUUCUAGGAAUCGUUGCCAGCAACACAAGGGAUAACAGCAUUGGGGUGACCUACCCUCACCUAAACUUUAGCAUUCCCAUUACAGUACUGCAGUCAGCCAUUUUGGAAUAUAUCCAUCACGGAAAUCUGCGCGGCUUUCAGGAACUAGACAGAGUAGGAGAAAAAAUUCAGGUUGUCUGGAGACUCCAAAGAGAACCUGUGGAGAUGCCACUCAGCAAACUAUGAGAAUUUUCACUGAAUGAAGAAGAAUAGAAGAAUAUCGGCUUCCAUAUAUCUUAGGUCCAGGCUAUCUGUUGAACUGUCUCAUCCCGCUAGGACAAGCCUUGUCUCACUUAUACCUACAGAGAGGGCCUACUUUGGAUCCCAUCGGUCAAAGAACUCCAACUGUAGGGAUCUGGAAGAGCCUUCUCUGCUGCCGCAGCACCUGCCUUUUGGAAUAUCUUACCCUUCAAACUGAGGUCUACCCCCACCCUCUUAUCCUUCCCUAAGACUGUGAAGAUCUGGCUGGGGGAGUAUUCCACACUGGAGGUGGCUGUUAGAUUGAUAGAAAACCCCACCUCAGCGCUUGCUCCGUUUCUCUACCCAUCCAUCUUUUAUUUUCAUAUCGCUGUAUCGUAUGUCUCCUUUUCCAUUCUUUAUUCCAUUGUUCCAUUACUUUGCUUACUGUUAUGUUUGGGCUUCUUUUCAUUUUUCUGUUUUUAUUGUUGUGAGCCAUCUAGAGUAGCCCCACUUGCAAGAUAGGCGACAUAUACAUUUAACAAAUAAUAAAACACAGUAUGUCCUGAUUGCACUAUACUGGGUUGGAGUGCUUCUAUUGCUGUUGUAAUCAGCUCAGUUUAUGGAAUUGACUCCGAAUUGAGGGAUUACAAGGUUGUACAAAUAAAAGAGAGAGUUUCAUUUGUUUCAGUAGCAAUAGCACAAGUAGUCCUCAGUUUAUGACCGCAGUUGACUCCAAAAUUUCUGCUGCUGAGCAAGACAGUUAAUAGCACCAGCACUUAGACUUAUAUACCGCUUCACAGUGCUUUACAGCCCUCUCUGAGCUGUUUACAGAAUCAGCCUCUUGCCCCCAACAAUCUGGGUCCUCAUUUUACCGACUUCAGAAGGUUGGAAGGCUGAGUCAACCUUGAGAUUGGUGAAAUUCAAACUGCCAAAUUGCAGGGAGCUGGCAGUCAGCAGAGGUGGCCUGCAGAACUACACUCUAACCACUAUGCCACAACGCUCAUCUUGUAGCUUUCUCAGCUAGGCAUUUAGUUUGAUUUUAACAACACAUACUUAGUCUUCCUGCUCUAAUCUGCCACUACAGGUGGUACUUCAACUUACAACCAAAAUUAUAUUUAAAUAUCACUAAGCAAGAUGGUCAUUAAGUGAGUUGCACACAAUUUUACAACCAGAGACGUCCCUGUGCUGUCUGAGUUUGCUUGUGUUCUAGUUUGGGUAAUGGGCAAUGAAACAUCCUCAUUUCAACCCUGAGCUACAAAAAUUCUCCUUUAUUUAUUUUACAACUUUUUUUUUGCCGUGGUUAAGUGAAUCACUGGUCAUUAAGUGAAUCACAGUUAAGCGAAUCCAGCUUUCUCGGCUGAGUUUGUGGCCAAGCACCUGAAUGUUGAUCACAAAAUGCGGCAAUGGUUGUAAAUACAAAAUCAAUUGGAGGUCAUUUUUUUCCAGCUUCGUUGUAACUUUGAAUGCUAAAUGAAAGUCGUAAGGCAAGGGUUACCUGUAAUCCCUGACAGUGUCUAUGUCUAUCUUGGUCAAGCGCCCUGCUUAUUCUCUUACAGUACGUCCUGCAUUUUUCCAUUAUGCCUGGAAUUCUCUUUUAGAAUAUCCCAUCCUUCAAAUCCUUUGUAAAAGCUUGCUUUGCUAUUAUCCCAUUCCAUAUGCAGCCUGUGCUUUUUAUGCUUCCCAUUGUCUUCCUGUGGUACCUUGGUAGUCGUCCUUAAUUUGUUCUGGGAGGUGAGAUGAAUAGCAAAAACGAUGCAUACCAAACAGAGGUUUCCCAUAAGGAGUAAUAUAGUGAGUCACAAGGCAAGUGACACUGACAAAUUCUAGCUUGUGUGUUGAGUACCAAACAAACAAUGAGUACCGGGAUAAAGGUUUUACAUCAGAGUGCGUUGAGUACCAAAUUCGAUGAGUUUCAAAGCAGUGGAGUACCUAGGUACCACAUUAACCGAAAUUUAGGUUAAUUCUUGGGGGAACAAUCUUCCUCUUUGUUAUGGUGCUAUGUAAAUAAAUAAUAACAGAGAGUGCUUUAUCUUACGUACUGGUGCAUUUAAUAUCUUUCUCUAGCCACUGUAUAUUUAACUAAUCACCAUUUUAAAUACUGUCCAAUUUCUUCUUUGCUUGGUUUGUUGAGCUUUUUUUUUUAAAAAAACCAAAAACUUCGAUCAUCAGAGAUGUAUAAAACUUGUCUGUCAAAUGCAAAUGCCCAUUUGUUUCAUACAAUAUAAAAGCAGCGUUUCUCAAUCUUAGCCACUUUUAAGAGCCAGCUUAGCUGGGAGUUAAAAGUUCAGAGAUCUUAAAAUGGCCAAGGUUGAGGAACACUGAUAUAAAGCAUCUUGGUUUGUUUAGAUCGUAUUGCAUAAAUCAGGCUCCUGUGGUUUGUUUCGAAAUUUCUGAAUUUAGAAUUCCUGCCUUAGAAUUAUGGGUGAAUGUAGGUAAACAUUCAGCUUCAGUUAUGAUUUUCUGUUAAAUAAUGUUGUUUUUCUCCUUAGUCCCCCUAUACUCUCUUAACUAUAGAUGAACACUGCAAUUUUUAGAAAUCUUGAUGGUAUUUUUGGAAAUAUUUACUUUAUUUCCUCUGUCCUAUUUCAGCAAAGUUUAGCACGGGUGUCAAACUGGAUUUCUUCGAGGGCCGGAUCAGCAUUGUGGUUCUUCUCUGCGAGUGGGUGUGGAGCAGGGGGAGAGAUGGGACAGAUGCCUCCUGUAGCACCCUACUGGCUAAAGCAGGGCAUGGGGGGCCCCCGCACGUGGACCCCCCGUGCAGGGGUGAAAUGCUCCCGGUUCAGACUGGAUCACCCGAUUCGGUAGCGAUGGCGGGUGGUUCAUAGAACCGGUAGCAAAAUAUCCCUGCCCCCCCCCCAAUGCCCAGCUGAGCUGCGCAGUCAUCAGAGUUUUUUUUUUACUUUUAAAAGCAUUUUUUCUUCCGCCAAAAAAAUGUUUUUAAAAGUUAAAAAAAAAGCCUCUGAUGAUCGCGCGGCUCAGCUGGGAUUAUUAGAGGCUUUUAAAACCUCUUCGGCCGAAGAGGUUGUAGAAAAAAUGCUUUUAAAAGGCCCCUCUGACGAUCCC